GCCCGCUCGGUCGACGAUGGCUUCAGUUGAGCUUCAUCCACUCUAGCUAACGCCACGGGCUCAGGGCACUGACUGCUCUACCCCCUGCCACUACCACAUCUUGUUUACAUACCCUGACGACUUCUCAUCAUUACGGGAUUUAUACCAUAUCAUCUACUGUUGGGAAGUCAUCGUCAUCGUCAUCAUCGUCACCAAUCAGUGGUAGACCAAACGAAGGAGCCUCCACACACGUACCACAGCGUAAAGUAAAGAACCAACAAGAUGCCGUCACACCUGGACGCCCUGAGGAUGAUCCCUGUGGCCCUCAUCCGCCUCCUGCUGGUGGUGGUGAUGAGGGAGGUGGGAGAGAACACCUACGACGCGUCCUCCAAAUUGCUGCCCCAGUACGACUUCGUCAUUAUAGGAGGAGGGUCGGCGGGAGGUGUAUUAGCGUCACGGCUCUCGGAGAUUGGGGACUGGCAGAUACUCCUGCUGGAGGCUGGAGGAACACCACCACCUGAGAGUUACGUUCCGGGCUUCAACCAGCUGCUCAUAUUGGGAGACGCCGAUUGGAAAUUUUACACAACAAAACAGAAAAACAGCUUCAACGGAUUUACCGAUAACAGGAUACCUUACCCCCGAGGCAAGACGAUAGGCGGGUGCUCAGUGCUCAACUCUAUGUUCUACGUGCGAGGUAACAGGAGGGACUUCGAUAACUGGGAGGCGAUGGGUAACCCUGGAUGGGGAUACAGAGACGUUCUCAGAUACUUUAAGAAAUUUGAAGACUACAGAGGCAAGGUGACGAAGGAGACAGCAUCGUUCCACGGGUUUGGAGGCCCUCAGACUAUAGAAAAUAAAAGGUGGAGAACGAAGGUGUCUGAUGGCUUCCUGAAGGCUGGAAAACAACUUGGCUACAGGAUAGUUGACCCCAGCGACCCUGACCAGAUUGGGUUCUCAUUGGUAGACUUCACAGCAAGGAACGGCAUCCGCUGGUCUACCGCUGAGGGUUACAUCAAGCCUGCAGCCUCCAGACCUAACCUACACGUGGUCCUCAAUGCUCAUGUUACACAGAUCGUCUUUGAGAACAAGAGAGCUGUGGGCGUCCGCUUCCAACACAGAGGAAAGAGUAAGGCUGUGUUCGCCAAGAGGGAGGUAAUCCUGUCGGCUGGGGCCAUCGGCUCUCCCCAAUUACUGAUGCUGUCGGGUGUCGGGCCUGCAAACCACCUUCGGUAUCAUGGUAUCCCCGUGGUGGCUGAUGUGCCUGGGGUCGGCCAGAACCUGAACGACCAUCCAUACAUGACAGGUUUCCCGUGGACGAUAAAGAACGGCUCCUCCUUCCACAUCUUAGAUAUUGCCAGCCCCAAGACCAUCCAGGACUAUGUGCAUUACAGAACUGGACGUCUGACCACGAGCAUCUCUAUAGAGGGCUACGCUUGGCCGAUGUCAGAGGUUGGUGACCCUUACUGGCCAGAGGUACAGAUAGCCUUCCUGCCCUUCACUGUUGGCGAUGACUACGGCCUCAUUACCUCUCACGUCCUUGGGAUUAAGAAUGAGGUGUACCAACAGUACUUCAGGAACUUGGUUGGGAUGGAAGGGAUAUCAAUCGGGCUCUUCCUGUGUCGACCCAAAAGCCGGGGGACUGUCACCCUCAACUCAGCGGACCCCUUCGAAGCCCCAUUGAUUGACACUAAUUACUUCGACCAUCCAGAUGAUAUGGUUGCCUUCAUAAGAGGUAUGAGGUUUGCCCUUAAGUUAGGAUCCAUGCCAGCCCUCAAGGAAGACUUCGAGGCUCGGUUCCACGACCAGCCACUGCCUGGGUGUACACACGAGUGGCCUUUGUCUGAUAAGUACCUGGAGUGUUACGCCAGGAGUCUCACGGGCACGACCUAUCACCCCAGCGGCACCUGCAAGAUGGGCCCAGCUUCUGACCCCUACAGUGUUGUGGACGAGUAUCUCAAGUUAAGGCAUGUGUCUGGCCUGCGUGUGGUUGACGCUUCUAUCAUGCCGCUUGUGACUUCAGGCAACACAAACUCUCCCUCCAUCAUGAUAGGAGAGAAGGCGUCCGACAUGAUCAAACAAGAUUGGGGUGCGCCUAUCAUGCCAUUGGGCUAUUAACAUUUAAGUCUUUGUCUGUUUGUUUGUCUCUAGAGAAGAUAUGACUUUGGUACUUGAGUCAGAAAGGUAAGUAAUCUUAUUUAAUAUCCUCAGGUAGUGUGAUUAAGUUACCUGGAGAAAGAAGUACCAAGCCUUUUGUCAUUUCUUGUGAUGUUGCAAAUAUCUUUCUCAGGGAAAUGUCCAUUUAAUGUUAACCAGAGUAGUUGUUUGUGUAUCAUCCAUAACUGUGUGUGUGUGCGUGUGUGUGUGUGUGUGUGUGUGUGUGUGUGUGUGUGUGUGUGUGUAUGUGUUAGUUACGGUCGAGGAACAGUACAGGUGUGCGAGGUGAACAGGUGAAAGAGAGGGAGGUGGAGUUGACAGGUCCAUUCUUCAUUUCAGAAACACCUUAAUGAGUAAUGCCACCAAACAGUCACACCAACAAGUCAUUUACCUAUCCGUUAUUGCUUAACCUUUACUACUAGUUAAAUAAUUUGCCUUUCUAUAAACACUAUGUAUAUUAUGAAAACUUUAAGUCAAUUUUGUAAAUAAGUGAGACUAUGUUAAAUACUUUCUUGUAAAUAGUAAAACGUUUGUAAUUUAUCUGUUUCUUAUAUGGCGCUCCAGUCCUAUCGGGCCCCAGACUAUUAGGGUUGGGUCUAUUGAGAUUAGAAGGGCCAUUAAAACAGAGCCCCGUCAGCACUGGGGCCCAUUAGUACUGGGACCCAUUAAUACUGCGAUCCAUUAAUACUGAGGCCCAUUAAUAUUGGGGCCCAUUAGUACUGGGGUCCAUCAGGACAAGGGCCCAUUAAUACUGGGACCCAUUAGUACUGAGACCCAUUAAUACUGGGGCCCAUUAAUACUGGGGUCCAUCAGGACAGGGGCCCAUUGAGACAAUGACCCCAUACGCUCAACAUGGAUAUAUUUCCUGUACUCAAUAACAUUUAACUGGUAACCCAUUACAAUACAAAAUAAACUUCCAUAUAACAAAACACACCAAUCUCUUGUAACCUCUGUGUAUUAUUUUGCAGUUUGAAUUUCACGAGGAAUGAUGUAUAUAAUGUAUGAUUCGUGUAGGUAACGUAUGUAUAUUCAUUGCCAUAAUAAAAAUGAUUGAAAUGAAACCGAAAUUAGGUCUUAUUUUGACGAGUUAUUUUUGCGUUGUUUUUGUUUCAUUUCCAUCCGUCAUGUCAGAAUGGAUCGAUAAACAGAUAAAACCGAAACAAGAUCUCUGUAUGGAAGCUUUUAAAACCACCAUCCUUGUUAUUCCAUCGAUUAUUCCUAUACAAACAAAUAAAUAUCUAAACAUA